CUCUAACUCCUUUCGCAUGACGAGUGGGACCGUUGCCAGUGCUAGUGCCCCGGCACCUCCAAUUGUCGUACCAAGCUUGGGAAAUAGCGUCAUUCUCAAUCCUCUACAGCGCGGCAAUCCUGUUCUGGAAUGCAUUCGAAAUGUCGGCAAAGAGUAUGGAGACAUUGUCGCGGAUUACCAGGUUGGGAAGACGACUGGAGUUCUAUUUCUUAGUCUGAAAUACCAUCGACUUCAUCCUGAAUAUAUCCAUAUUCGCAUCGAAAAACUGGGCCAUUCCUAUAAUUUAAGGAUCUUGUUGAUUCUCUCAGAUAUCAGCGAGCACAAAGAACCGAUACGAGAGUUGACAAAGACGUGUCUCAUUAAUAACAUCACUAUCGUUGUGGCCUUUUCAUUUGAGGAGGCCGGCCAUUAUCUUUCAACGUUCAAGCAAUUCGAACACAAGCCCCCAGAUCUCAUCAAAGAACGCGCCGACAGAGAUUAUGUUUCUAUGCUCCGGACGUCGCUGACAAGUAUUAGUAAAGUCAACAAGACGGACGUCGAGACGCUUCGUGCAUCAUUUGGGAGCUUUGCCAACAUCGCGAAAGCAGAAACAACUCAGCUUCAAAAUUUACCUGGAUUCGGACAGGUCAAAACCAAGAAUAUCAAAAAUGCUUUUGAGAAGCCGUUUAGGAACAAUGCUACCACCUCGCUUGCCGUGCUCUCUACCAUCAAGGAGCGGGAAUCUAAUGCUCAGCCCACUACUGCCGCUAACUCGAGCUCAAAGGGUAAAGAGGAAGAAGCGACACCAGCGUCUCCACCUGCUCGACUUCCUAGAUCACCUAGUCCGGUGUGGGAUAUAGAGCUUGACCUUACUCCGCCACCUGAACCUGAGGCGCACAGCCCUAGACAAGCUGAAGCGGAGAGUGGCCCGGCGGGGAAUUGGGUUGUAGAUUUAGAUACGUUAUGACAGAGCAUUCAAU